AUGAUGGGGCUCUUAAGUGAAAGCUAUUUUAUUGAAGUGAAGUCAAUGAAUCCAUUGAGUUGGUUCCCAUUCUACAACGAAGAAAAACAAGGAGAAAAUUUCGACGGUUCAUUACUUGUCCCUCUCACUGUUGGAUUGGUAUCAGUAGUUUCCAGUGUGUUAGUUGGGUAUCGUAGCGGUCUUUUGACCCGGAAGCAAGCGGCUUCGCUCAUAGUCAAACAGGUAGAGGAAGCUGAACGAUCAGUUAGCUUGGUAUCUUCCCGCGAUAUGACCAAGCGAAAGUCUGCUUCAAAGAAUGUGAACAAGCCCAACCCUACUGUUACCAACCCAGCUGCGGUUCCAACCGCGUCUCAUGCACAAAGUGUAUCCCUUUCUGGAGAAUUUUCCCCCUCAGGAACAUCAGCCAAACAAGUUGAUGGGUCCAAGCAGCGCUCAACCCAGCCCGAACCAGUUCCACAUAUUGCACAAGCAAAACCCCCCGAUACCCAGGCUCGUAUUGUUGAGGACAACGUUCCACAGACCAACGUCUCCAAGUCUAUUUCAGCCUCAGGCAAACGGAACAAAAAAACAAAACAUUCAAAUCAGUCACGUUCCGAACCAGAAGCUUCAUAUUCAAAUGGUCUGGAUCCUACAGAACCGGAUAUGGCUUGGGUUGUGGUGACAUCGAAGAAAGUGAAGCAGUCCACGACCACUGUUUCCAACGGACAACCAACUACCAAAGUUGCAAAAAAGAAAACCAAAAUUUCCGAAGGCGCUGGGGAUAUCAAGAUCCCGGUCUCGACUCAAGCCGUGACCACUAAGCCAGCUACUGAUGUCGCUCAGUCACCAUCUGGCGAGGAAAGGAAAUCCGUUGUUAAAUUUGAUCUCCCUUCAGAAGAGCCUCUAUCCCAACCCUCCGAGGCCCGACAAAAUACUGACCAGCUUCAACAUCCGUCGCAACCCACUGCCAUCCCUGCUGAUCGUCCCACCACUCAGCGUGCUCCUGAAACCAACCAGUCUCACAAUAGGGUGUCUCAGGCCUCAACUUCAGCCGUCUCCAAUCGGUUACCUGCUACCCCCGAUGCCACAGUACAUGCUGCAACAGCCGGUUCGCAGCUUCCAGACUCCCAUAUGUUCAGAUCACUGAAUACUUCAUUACCCGCCACCCUCGAGUUGCUAACUCAACACUUGUCAUCACAAGUCAGUGCGAAAGAGCUCGAAUGCCAGCUUCUACGCGAUGAGGUUAUCCGACUUCGGGAAGAAGUAGGCAAUCUGAAACACAGUUCACCAAAUAAGCCACACGUACCCCCUCCUUCAGUCGAUGCCGAGACAAUGACUGUUCCGCAAGAAUCGCCUGCAGCGGAGUCGUCUAAAUCCAAAACUUCCGGUACGACUGAGGCCUCUUCCCGGGCCUCAUCCGCAACCCCUCGUUCCGACAGUCCAGAUACCGUGCUGCUGUUAACGCUUCAAAAGGAGAUUGAACGAUUAGCCAGGGAAAUGAAACUUUCACAACAACGCAACGAGAACUUGGAAGCUCGUCUGGCAACUGCAAACAAACAGAUUUCUGCCGUUAAAUCUGAAAAUGCGAAACAGUUAAAAGUGCUCAACCAGGAACUUGGCGCUCAAACACAGCGUGCUCAACAGUCCGAGGAAACUCAACGUCGAAUGGACGAGGAAUUGCGUGAAGCACUGCAACAGUUGGAAUGCACGCGUCGUAAAGCGGAGCAGUGGGAACGUGAGCGCGCUAUUCUCGUUCAAGAACGUGAUCAGCUUACCAAGGAACGCGAAGCUUUGACGUUACAGCAUCAGGCUUGCCUGUCUGAACUGGAGAGUGUCCGCCAUGCCUCGGAGGAACUUCAAACCUCUAUUCGCGAGGCUGAACUUCGUGCCCAGUCGUUGGAACGAGACCGAAGUGUGGUACUGGGUGAAUCACACACACGAAUAGCCCAACUCGAGGCUCAACUCUCUGCCAGUCAAGAGCAGGAGCAAACAGAACGGACGCGUUUGCAAACGGUCGAGUCCAGCCUGACACAGCUGCGUGCUGAUACUGAAAAUUUGCGUCAGCAACUGGCCGCAAAAGAACAGGAGCUUCAGUCCUGGCGAGAAAAAUGUGAAUCACUGGAACAAAAUCUGUCCGAACUGUCGGAGCAGUGUCGGUCCCAUGAGGGAGCCUCGUCUCUGGCCGCGGAGACCAUCCAGUCCGUUAGUGAUACGAAACCGGUCGCUGCUUCUGCCCUGACUCUUCUGGCGGCUACCACUCAGACCGACCCGGAGCCGGGUGCGGAAUUUGAAUCAGAGCUCAGCUCAUCCGGUGCAAAUGGUCGUGUGUCUGAACUGGAAAUCAGUAAACUGAAUUCAGUUGCCAUUAGCCCGAUUCCCCGAACGGCAGAAGAAAUCACCAACGAAGACUUGAAAGCGGAGGUGGCUCACUACAAAUCCGCUCUGAAUGUGACCGAGUCAGUGCUGGCCGAGCUCCAAAAUUCGGUCGAUGAAGAAGCAGAACGCUGGAGAAAAGCCUUGGAUGCAUCCCGAAUGGAAUGCGAAGUGCUUGAAGAGAAAUUGACCAAAACCGAGUCCUCAUUAUCUGUGCUAACUGAGGAACGCGAUCGUCUUUUGAAGAAAUUGGACGAGGCAUCCAAUGACCCCAACUACCAACAGGACCGAAUCAGUGUCGGACGUCAAUCGAUUGAUGAUGAUCGAUCUAGCGUUCAAUCUCUCACUGUGGCGCGUAUGCUCGACUCAGUACGGUUUGAUGAGACCACUCCGAAGCCAGAACUGAUUCGUUUGCUAAACAAAUUUCGCUACCUGAUACAAGUUGAACACGAGGCAUUAAAAAACGAACAGAGCACUUCUUCUCGUUUGCAGUCUGAACUGGAAGCAAUCCAACGGCAAUCCGGUCAUUCGUCGUCCGUUUCUGAGGGUUCACUCAAUGGUGCACUCCCACAGCCGUCAUUGACUGCGGGUUCCAAAGCUGCACGGUCUCCAUCACCCACCGGAUUUCCCACACCGGAAGCUGCCACUUGUGAUUUAUCCCUCGACCAAACAGACCACGCACGUGUCGAUGGUCCCGUUGUUACCACGCCAGUUUCCAGUUCAGUUUUAAAAUCAACUACAGCUGCACAAAAUGAUUCCUCCACUUUGUUGACAAACGGGUUGCAUUCGAAUGACUCCACAGAUGCGAGCUCUAUCGCGCCAUAA